ACCUGAUCAGGGGUCUCGGUUUAUUUGCCCUCCCUCACCGUCCACCACACUGGAAUUAACACCACCUUACUGUUACCGUAUUAUUUUAAAGGCAGGGCGUGCUAGUCCACCUCUUAAACGCUGCCCUGAUCGUUUUACUGGAGUAUUUUGACGUUUGAAGAAGUCUUCAGUCCGUCUGACAGGAACGGUGCAAGCGCAGGCACCCUGUGCUAACGCGAGCUAGCGACUUAGCUGCUAAUGUCAACUAACAUGGAGGGAGAGGUGCAUGUGUUGCAUAACAGCCAAACGCAAUUAAACCACCGACUUCUGACACCCAGCAAGCACAGUUAUGGACGUGAAUUAAUCUCCAAAGAAUAAAACGGCCCCUAAACACAGUUAUUUGGCAGAGAUGGAGUCAAACCCGCUGAUCAGCGCAAUGGAUCCGUCCAUUACAUUGUGGCAGUUCCUGCUAAACCUGCUGGAUGAUCAGAGUCAGAAGCAUUUGAUCUCUUGGACAUCUGGGCAUGGUGAGUUCAAACUGCUGGAUGCCGAGGAGGUGGCCAGACUCUGGGGGCUACGCAAGAACAAAACCAACAUGAACUAUGAUAAACUGAGCAGGGCACUUCGUUACUAUUAUGACAAGAAUAUUAUUAAGAAAGUUAGCGGCCAGAAGUUUGUCUACAAGUUUGUGACCUUUCCGGAUCCCAACUCUGCUGAUGGGCUGAAAGGGCCUGAGGAUUCCCAGAGGGCCACUACAGGGGAUAAAUUGGAGCUGUCCAUUCAGACCAAAUCUAACACAGGUGCUAACACCACGAACCCGUGUCUCUCCAAGAGCCUGGAGGUUCAGCGCUCCUCUCCUAGCUCAGUGCAUCGCAGCUCCCGCAACGAUUACAUGAAGUCUGGUCUCUACUCCACUUUCACUAUCCAGUCCCUGCAGACGCCCUGCAAAACCACAUCCAAAUUCAUCAAAACAGAGCACAUCCUGAGUGACUGCAGCUCUGAACCUGCCCCUCUGGACCACAUAGUGCAUGAGAUGCGAAUGUGUCAGACAGAAGGACAGCAGGGAACUGUUCAGUCCCAGUCAGCUGUGGAGAGCUGCAGUCUGCAGGUGAUAGUGACCCACCCGUCCCCAUGUGCUACUCCUGCCCUCAGCCCACAGACGCCCUCUGGAUCUGCCACUGCAACCACGAAUACUCAAGCACAGAAGAGCCAGAAUUUGGGUGACCCACCCCAGAUCUACCUGUCUGAUCCCAGCUCUUUGACCUCGCUCAUUCCUCUAGCUCAUGGAGAAUGUGUAGUCAACCCCUCUCAGCCUGUGUUUGUGGUCAUAAAGCCUUUGCCAGUUGGGCUGCCCAAAGAGUCCAGCCUCCCGCCUGAAGACGACUUGCUGGAGAUUGUUCAUUUGGAUGACAAAACAGAUGUUGAGCUGGUGUCCACAGUGCCUGUCCCUGGAGUUACAGAUGCCCCUAUCCCUGUGGAUGCUCCGUCACACUGUGUGGAGCCAGUGGUCCAGCCGGUUGGAGAAGGGGAGGUGAAAGAGAAGCCUGAGCUACCCGAGGACACCAAUACUGCAUCAGCCUCCCUCCCAGCAAGCACGCAGGAAGUACAGCCUCCUAAAUCAAAGAAGCCCCGUGUGCUGGAACUGCCAUCUUCGUCUACGCUGCUGCCCCCUGGACUCUCACUGGAUAAGGUCAAUGCAGCGGUGAAUAGCCUGCUGGCCCCUGGCAAUGCCACAAACACCUUAACACCCACAGUCAUCACCUCGCAUGCCCUGACUCCAGUGCUGUUGACACCGAGUCCGCUGCCAUCAACUAUUCACUUCUGGAGCACGCUCAGUCCAAUCGCUCCACGUAGCCCUGCCAAGCUCUCUUUCCAGUUCCCCUCCAACGGAAGCAAUCAGAUCCAGAUCCCAGCACUGAGCGUGGACGGCCUGUGUACAACUGUUGUUUUUCUCUCCUGUGGAACACAGAAACCCUAACUUGCGAUUUAAUUCCCUUAUCUCCUGCCAUAGUGAUUGGCUCCCUCCCCAGCCAAUGAAACGCUGAGGAUGGCCAAUGAAAGAUGGGACACUCCAUAUCAAGUUCUGCUGUGAGUUGGGCGGGGCUUCUGCUCCAAUGAUGACUCAGGAGGAGUGCGCUCUCAGCCGGCCCUCACGAGUGGUUGGCAGAGCAGCCCGAUUCUGGGAUUGAUGGUGGCAUUUCAUAGAAUAUUUGCUCUAUUUUUAUUUUCCUUUGCCUUUUAUAUGAUCAUCAUGGACGGUUAUUUAUUUAUUUUUGAUGUUUCUUGGUGCAUCAUGAGAUGCAUAUACCUGAAUGCUCAUAUGAACUUGGAAUUCAGAGAUCUCAAUUUUAUUUUUGAUUUCUCAAAGUAACAUUAUGAGUUAUGGACCAGACGAGGUAUCCUUUGAUUGAAUCGAGGCAUAAAAUGCCAUUUACUUCACAGGUGGAGCAUAGCUUUCUUAAAAACUUUUGGAAAUGGAAAGCAUGCAUUUGAAAUCUGCCAGAUUAAAGUGCAAGUUAACUUCUUUCUUUGGCAUUACAGAGACACAAAAAACAUCAUUUUUAGUAACACUGUUAUUUAAACAUUUUGUGUUUUUCUUGGACAAAGGAGUCCAUUUUGAUAAAGAGGCAUUGAAAAUGCCAGAGGAAUGUAACAGCCAUUCCCAGGAUUUGAAGAGGUGGAACCAGGGAGGAAAAGAUACAAAGAGAUUCUGAAUAAUAUCAAGAUCUGGAAUGUAUCAAUCUUUUUCUUCUAUUGCAUCAUUCCUUUAUUUCAGAACUUUCUUCUUGUAAAUAUAUGUUGCACCCAUUCCGAUAUUUGAAAGAUGAUUUUUUUUACUCUUGCUUUCCUGUUUUUGUUGUUGUUUUUAGUAAUUCUAUCAAGGAGCCCUUUCUCUGGCAGCACUGACAAUGCAGGUGAAGGUUUCAGAAGUGUUGCAGCGAAGCUUUGCAGUUUCAUGCUUUUUUUUUUCUUCAAAAGAAAACGCCAGAGGAGACCAAAGACCAGCUGUUUAUAUACAAUCCAUUUUAGCAUCUCUGUCUUUUUUUUCUCUUAUGUUUUGCAUUUUCUCUCGCUCUCGUCUUUUUAUUUUUACUUUGCCGCAUCAAAGGGCUAUAAGAACCGUCACGCAACCAAAACCUUCUCACUUCUGACACUGUAUAUAAGUGAUACAUCUGACUCGCCAGCUAUAGGUGUAAAACACACUAAUUCUUGUAAAUAAAGUAAUUUAUGGCAGAACAGGAAGUAUGUCGCUUCAGCUGCUUUCGAUAUUGUUAGUAGUUUUGUACGGCCUGCCUCUUAUGCUAUGUUCGUCUGAUGUGUUAAAAUCACACUCACGGUUGUUACCUCAAAGCUGUCAACAGCUCGACAUGUCAGAGCAGGCACGCAAAUACGUUGCAACUGACAAACAAAGUCAACGAUUAUUUGCAUGUCUUCUAGUUUGUGUAUGAAGCUCGGAAGUUUCCUGUGGGGAAAUCAUGGUGGUUAUAUGUAGUGUUCCACAGAAAGCUGUCGUCAGUGUUUAUGGACAGUAACUGCCUCCACCACAUACAGCCUUUUCUGUAUGGCCGUUUCUAUUAUUUCAAUUAACCUGAGUUUGCUGAACUCACACAUAACGUCCUUAUUUUCAGUUUUAAGAAUGUUUGGGCGUCAGUGUCUUUCACUUUAGAAUAUUUUGGCUCUUUAAGUUGGUGCUUUUUGUUGUUUUAAAGAGUUUUCUGGUUUGAUAUCUGCGUGAUUAUAAUGAACUUAGGAGGAUUUGCUGGUAGCAUGCUGCAAUUGCUUACGCUUGUCACCUCUCAGAUUGUUCUCUCCUGCAUUUUGUGCACCUCAUGGCUGAUUUGUUACAUGAACCAAUGCGAACAGUAAAUUACUGCACUCGAGAAAAGCCUUGAAGAUCAGUAAAUGUUCAACACAGCUCUUGGUGUCACUCUAAUAUGUACCGAUGAUGUCACGCCCACAAGUCGACACAUUGAAUGUUCUGUUCGGGGCGGGAGGGAGUCACCCCAUCACGUCACCACGUGCUAAGCUCAGUGAACUGAUAUCAGCUUAACCAUGAUCAAAUUCACACAAAACAAAUUGAUUUUCAUUGGUGAGUUACUUGUGGUUCUUUUACACCAUGCGUUGGGCAAAAUAAUAAGCCUGCAAUAUCGAAUAACUCACCGUGAUGAUGAAUUUGGUGAUUUGUGAGUAAUACUCUUCCCGAUAUUGAUCUUUAAUGCGGUGUGGUAAGUCUGCAGUACUGCUUUCAGCCGUCUCGUCACUUUCCUAAGCUUGUCUGGAUUGCUGGGAUUGUUUGUGGCUCUGAAUGUCUGUGCGGCUAUGCUCUGUAAUGCACUGCGAAUGUGUUUUAACAGCUGAUGUCUUUGAGCUAAACUCCUCCUAUUUCCCUCUGCUCUGAUGCUGCUGUUACCUUUACUGUACAUCAGCACUGAUCAAUACGGUGACAGCGUACUGUACUCGGUUCCCCGAAAUGAACUAUUAGAUAGAGCUGACUUCAUUUAUCCCCAGACAAGUGGUUUACACACUAGCACGCUUUAAAGACAGAAAUAGAGAGCCAUAUCUUUUUAAAACUAUUUCUGUUUUACAAAUACAAAAUAAUUAAAAAAUCUAAAAUAUAAAAAAAAAGUCUAAUAUUGUAAUAUUAAUGAGCUUUUGUCAUGUUGAUGAAAUCGCUGCCCCCUUUCAGAUAAUGAAACUAAUGCUGCACGUCUCUGGACCUAUAAAGACUGUUUGGGUAUCGUAAUACCACAUUAAAUAGGCCUUAAAGUUGGACUUUGGGUAUGUGCUAUUUUGGUAUUAAUAGCUUCUAAAAACAUUGCUCUUUUUUUCUAAAGUCAUCUCGGAAUAAUAUGCUGAGUAAUAUUAAUCCGUAAUAUUUAUUGUGCUUAUAACAAGUAAAGUUCCAGAAAUUUUUAUUUCCAUCCUAGUCCUAGAACCAAAAUUGUGCAUAAAUUGUAUUUGUGCAAGUUUUAAUUGUGCAAAGAAAUUGUAAAUGAUUGUUGGUAACCAGCAUGUGUAAAUGUUCUAGUGACUGAAACCUUUAUGCAAAUGAAGACACACAUUACAUAAAAAAGCCAUUUAUUGAAUAAUUGAUUGGACCAUAGAGAUGUUUGCGGAGGAGUCUCUAAAUUAUUUCCUAAUACCAGCAUAGAUUUCGUACCAUGUACAAGUUUCCAUUGUAAGAGAGUCGAUCAUAUCAAUAUUUCUCAUUGAGAAAACCUGUUUAAUGCUUGUUACCUGCUUAAGAAGUCACAAAUCCAAACACCAAACUGGAGACUAUGGAGUUUAUAGAUACGUGGCUCAAAACUGUUAAGACAUUUGCCUCGUUUUGCUUUUCAAGUUACUGAAUUUCAGAUGUUGUAAGAAGUCUUUUUACUUGUUUUUUCUCUUUGAAAUGUUAUGUGGGAACUGUUAAUGUAUUGUAUGAUCUUGUAUUCUAUAAUGUGUUGGGAAAUCUUGCGCUAAGCAUAUAUUUGUGUAAACAAAAAAAAGUCUGCUACUUGUGUGAAGAAGGAAUACAUGGUCCUGUUGUGCACUUGGACUGUUGGGAAGCAGAUCUCUGUGGCCUGAGCUCCCUUUCCCAGAUGAGAAUCACUCUCUGGGAGUUUAUUUCAUAAAGGGAAGGAGAGGCUUUUAUUUUUCUGAACUGUCUAAAUACUAUAUUAUAUGUACUGGGAAAAAACAAAACUAUUUUUCAUCUGCACAUGCUACUUUGUUUGUAUAUGUGAUAGAUAUUAAUCUUGUUUUCUAAAGACAAAAGAGACUCAGAACUAAUAUGAAAGUGAAUAAAAAGCUAUUUUGUUCUUUA